UCGACAGACUACCCCCCUCGCGACCUCAUAGGCUACGGGCCACGGACUCCCAACCCCAAAUGGCCUAACAACGCCAAGAUCGCAAUAUCUAUCGUGCUCAACUACGAAGAAGGCUCCGAGUCGACGCCCCUCAACGGGGACGCGUGUACCGAAGUGCUUGGGAGCGAGCUGGGACCCAAUGUACGCCCGUUCGAGGACGGACAGAGGGACGUCAACAUGGAGAGUAUGUAUGAGUACGGACCGAGGGCCGGUGUAUGGCGCGUCCUGCGUUUACUGGAUGAGGUCGGGGUGAAGUGCACCCUCUACGCUGUGGGGCAGGCGAUGCUUCUCAACCCUCUCGUUGGGCAGUGGGCGCAACAGAAGGGCCACGAAGCUGCCAGCCACGGAUGGCGCUGGAUCGACCGGAGUGCCUGGAGUGUGGAGGAAGAAAAGUCCUUUGCGAAGAAGGCGAUUGCGGCGAUCAAACAAACGGCGGGGAAAGAGCCUAGAGGAGGGUGGUACUAUGGCAACGUCUCUGCUCGUUCUGGCCAGCGGGCGAGGGCGCUCAUCGCCCAGGUGUAUAGGGAGGAGGGGCUGCAGUUGAAGUAUUAUUCUGACAGUUACUCGGAUGAUCUGCCUUACUGGGUACCCAUGCCCGGAGGCGAGAAGAGCGAGGGGCUGCUUAUCAUCCCUUACACGCUCGACAACAACGACUAUCGCGAGGCGAGGUACAACGGGUUCCAAGCGCCAUCUGCAUUCGCAGACUACCUCAUCACAGCCUUUGACGAGCUGUACGCAGAGGGCCUCGCCGGCGCGCCUAAGAUGAUGUCCAUCGGCUUGCAUUGCCGACUCGUUGGGCGUCCAGGGAGAAUUGGCGGCUUGAGAAAGUUCUUGAUGCAUGCCAAGGCUAGGGGAGACGUUUGGUUCGCUACGAGGGAGGAGAUCGCAGACCAUUGGAGGGCGACGUUCCCGUACAAGCCUGUUGAUUAG